AUGAACCAUGAAAGCCCUCCCUGGAUCCCUUACCCAAUGCUUCCUGGACUACCAGCCAACUUACCACCGUCUACAAACCACCAGCCACGUCCUGCUGCUAUCAUUAGCGCUACCGCGGUUCAAAGUAUCAAGCUACCCUCAUUUGCCCAGCUUUGCGAGUCUCUGAAGAGGCCUGAAACGCAGUACAGUCACUCUCUCCCAAGCUCUCAAGCGCGUUCAACAUACACGUAUCAGACCAGUCGCGCUUCAAUCACGAACUUCCCAUUUGUCAUUCAAAGCCCAACUCGCCAACGCGUGUUUCUUUGGGAAAGUCACGGCUAUGAAUCUACGAAAGUCGGCUCUGGAGAGCCAAAGGCACUAACGAGGACCUCUUCUCAGAGAAACCGUACCAUACCUCAUGCGCCGGGACCUCAAGAAAUCGUCGGUACUCCCACAAAGCCUUCUAAGGAGGGGUUCAUCAACUAUCCUCCUAUCCUGACAACGAUAGACAACAGGUACAAAAAAGACGCCGAGAGAUUCAUCUCAUACAGCCCUCAAAGCAAAACAGGAUGGGAGUGGAAAUGCAUCUUCCCGUUGGAAAACGGAAGUCUGUGCGGCAAGCGCUUUUCUCAGGCACCACUCGUCAGACGGCAUAUUCUGAAUAACCACAUGAGCCUUCGUUUGGAAGAGGCUGAUGGUUGA